AAAAAGAUCUUGACUAAACCAGUGAUGUGGAGAACACGCGCCACCGGAAAAGCGUGAUGGAAUCAUAAUGUUGUUGAUGGAGUUGCCGUAUAAAUGGCGGGAGUCUAGACUGGGUCGAGAUUUCACAAAGACUGAACAACCAUCUUUCCCUUAUCAAUUGGCGUUUAAACCCUCCUAUCCUUAAACGUCCACCCCGUCUUCCCCCAUUUUGUCUUCCUUUAACCAUUUUAGCUCCUCCUUGUAAAUUUCUUCAGUUCUUGGGUUCUGGUUAAUUUCAUGAUCGGAAACUACUAGCUUUUUUUCUCCUUCUUUUUCCCCUUUUCUUUUGGGUCUGCUUUUCGAAGAUAGAGGAAGUGGAAGAGUCGGAGCAGUGUCGGACAUUCUGAUUCAAUGGACACCGCGGCUAGUGUCGCCGCCGGACGGAGUGGUUCGCUGCCAAUGACAUCUCCGUCGCGGAAGGAGUGGCGUGCCGUUUCCGAACUUCACGUGGUUCAGAACCUCGGGGAUGAAGUGAUUUCUUGCAAUAUGCAGGAAUUUGAAAGAUCAAAGAUGGAACAAUCUGAUGAGAGAACCAUAUAUGAGCAUGGAAGAGAGCCUGCUGAUGUUGACUUUUUUCCGAUUAUGGUUGAUGGAAGUUUGGGUGAUGACAUAUUGCAGCAGCAGAUUCACAAUGUUAGUAGACAGAGGGAAGAGCUCCAACGGAUGGAGGUUGAACUCCGAGCUCAGGCAAUUGCAAGACCAAGGAUCCUGGAUUUGCAGAGCAGCUGUGAUGCUAAAAUCGAGGCCCAUGCCGAUGCCACUGCGAAGCUUGAGGAACAAAUCCAUGAAAGUGAGAAGACCAUAAAUGAAUUGAAAAGGAGGAUGGAAGAGAAAGAUAGAGAACUAAAUGCCAUCAAAGUUGAAAAAGAAGAGGCAUGGGCAAAGGAAGACCUUCUAAGAGAGCAAAAUAAGGAACUGGCAACUUUCAGAAGAGAACGUGAUCAUUCAGAAGCUGAGAGAGCACGACACCGGAAACAGAUUCAUGAUCUUCAGGAGCACGUUGAAGAGAAAGAGAGGCAGCUUAUGGAGUUGCAGGAACAGUAUAGAGCUGCUCAAGAAACCAUUCUUUAUAAGGAUGAACAGUUGAGGGAGGUUCAAACUUGGAUUUCUAGUGUCCAGGAGAUGGAUGCUUUACAGUCAAGUACAAACCACUCUUUACAGGCUGAACUGCGAGAACGUACAGAGCAAUAUAACCAGCUCUGGCAUGGCUGUCAGAGACAGUUUGUGGAGAUGGAGAGACUUCAUUUACAAACAAUACAUCAGCUUCAAUUUGAACUGGCUGAUGCAAGAGAGAGGAACAGUUCUUACACAGAUGAAUCACAUGCAUCCCAAGCAAAAUCAAAAGAUUUAUCUGAGUUUGGUAAAAAUAAUGGAAACCAAGUGGAUUCCAAUGGAAGUGUUUCAACAAAUAAUGCUUGGGUCAUUUCGAAUGGUGCAUGUAACAGUGUUCAAUCGUUUACUUCAGAUGGUAAUUCGCCAACUGAGCAUCACAAUGACCAUAAUCCUAGUAUUCCAAUUGCUCCAUCAUCUCUACUGGGGAUGCCUACAUACCUCCCACCUGGGCAGGUGACUGCUUUGCAUUCAUUUGUCAUGCAUCAACAGGGUUUUCCCCAUUCUGUGGCAUCUCAAGUUGGACAGUACUCAAUGCCAACAAUUUCAUCCACCCAACAGUGGCAGAACCAACAGAUUUCACCAGAGGAUUUCCAGCUAUCUGCACAGAAUCAAGUUCCACCAUCCCAAACUGAUCAAAGCUUUGUGAGGUCAGACUUAAAGUACGAAUAUAAAAUGUCUGUCAAUGAACAAGCCAUUAGUCCAGACCGUCUUAAUCAUAUUAGCCAAGGGCCAGACAUCAAUUCUUUGAUAUCAUCAUCUGCUGUGAAAGCACAGGUCCUUGAUUCAAUUAAAUCAAGUUUCAUUGUGGACCCCCAACCUGAGCCAAGCUUGGAGCAGGUUUCCUCACAAUUUCAUGGCGCAUUGACAUUAGGCACUCGUGAACAGAGCUGUGAAUCCCAGGAACUGAUUAUUCUGAACAUGAAUAACCAUGUGCUUGAGGACCAAGUUCUAUCAGCAGAAGAAGCAAGUACUGCUGCGAGCCCUUCUCCUCCUGAUUCUUCGGAGCACUCUGUUAAUUUCAAGGGAACAAUGACCAGCAAUGGUGCUAAUGCUAUUAUGCCUGAGAAGUCAGUUUCAACUGGGCAGACUAAUAUCUUGAUAUCAGCUAAGACUUCUGAGACUGCUCUGCUUGAUGAAAGAUCAUUGUUAGCAUGCAUAGUUCGCACAAUUCCAACUGGUGGCAGAAUUCGAAUCAGCUCAACGUUGCCAAAUAGGCUGGGGAAGAUGCUUUUACCAUUGCACUGGCAUGAUUACAAGAAAAAGUACGGAAAACUGGAUGACUUUGUAGCUAGCCACCCUACGUUAUUUGUAAUUGAGGGUGACUAUAUUUGGCUUCAAGAGGGAGCACAGGAGAUGAUAGCAGCAACUGCAGCUGUUGCUAAAGUUGCUGCAGCUGCUGAAGCUCCAUCUUCAUACUCCUUUUUGCCUUCUGUUUCUGUUACACCGAUUGCACAGCGUAAUCGGCUAAAGAAGGCGCUUCGAUCAAUUGAUUCCUAUCAUGUGAGAGAGAAUGCCCUUUUCAAGGAGCAUGCAGGCAUCACUAAAAUUGCUUCUAAUGGACAGCAGUUAGUAAUGCAAAAUCAACAUCCCAAUGGAAUUUGUGUUGAUGUGUCCAGAGGUUUCUCCAAUGUAAAAAUAUUGAGCCAAUCUAAAGAUCCAAGUGUGACUCGUGUUGAAAGCAUGGCAUCUGGACAUGGAAGGUCUAAUUCAAAUGUUGUCGGGAAACAGCAGAGCAGGACAACCGGAGCUGCAUUAUCUUCAAGAAGAUAGUGAAGUGCAUUUACCUCAACUGAUAUAUGCCGAACUGCAAUAUUCAGCUGUGGAUCAAGCAUUAUGGAGAUUGCAAGCAUAUUGGAAAAUGAUGUGUAGUUAAAAUGUAUCUACUGAUCUUGGACACAAGCUGAAUAUUUAAAUUGUUUUAAGCCUUUUGGCACUCCAUUGUUGAAUAACACUAUACUGCUGCCUGUUCCUGUCCUAUUCCAAGCUGUAGAUCUGAUUUUUCUGCUUAACCUAUGUUGCUCCAGGUUUUUUUUUAAUAUUCAUAUCCUAUAGUUUAUGUUUGACUCCCCA